UGGGUCCUUGACACUGUGCCAGCCCAGCAGACGACAGCCACCACAAGUCGCUGGUGGGAAGCAAGGCAGUCACACCACGGCCCUCCACAACCACGCUGGAGUUUGGAGGUGCGACACACUUGUCCUCCGUGUGCCACAGCUGCCCUGCCCCAACUUUUGUUUGCCGUGCCCCCUGUGUGUGCGCGCGCGAGACUCAACAGCUCAUGCAUAUUCAUGCCGCACUCCAGCCAAUCACAGUCGACCUCAAUCUGCGUUUCUCCGCCGUACGCAGGAAAGAAAGUUUGGGCAAAACAAACACAUCGGGCCGCCGUGAGCGUAGGUCGUCGUCACGCCGCCUCUCUCUUCUCCUUCCUCCUCUCGUCCUCGGGAUUUGUACGCUGGCGGUUGUACUCACCUGUGCACGUGUGUAGUUUUACCUGGGUUACGCCGCGCACUUUUCACACACGGCCCGUGGCACACCUGUGCGGAUAGCGACAAGGAGUGAAGUGUUCUGGUGGUGGUGGAGGUGCAGCUGCGGGGAGAGGGGUACACGAGUGUUGAGGACGUCCACCCCCCAGUUGGUACUCGCUGUACCCGGUGUGUACGACAGACCCUCGUGUGGGUCCGUGCUUCAAACCUCGCGGUAGUCGCGCGCUGCACGCCAGGCGUCGCGUCGUUUUGACGUACGGUGUCGCUCCUGCUGUGCGACAACGCCAACUUUCACAAGAGUUGUGGUUCUUUAACUGGGUGUUCGGCGAACCUCCUCGGAUAGCUUCAUUAUGACGUAAACAGCUCACCUGUCGGGCACAGGUGUUGUUGGUCUUAAGUGAUUAGUAGCUGUGGUAUUGCUUCUGUACAUGGGGGGUUCGGAUUACCUCACACCCCCCCACCUCACAUCACACGUGAAGGUGGUUGGUUACGUUUGAACAGAUUGUGUGCAGCCUGCCAGACAUCAACAACAGUUUGCUCCACCGACGGAUGACUUGAGCAGCAAGAAUACAACGCAAGUCGUCUGUGACGCCGACAGCUUUUUUUUGCGGAGUACUUACAGCGGAGUGUAUACGUGACCCCUGACCCUGUGAGACCAUCAUGGAGUUAGGAGCUACGGUGAUGUUGCGCCUGAUCGUCGCCUGUCUCGUCUUGGCGGCGGAGGUCUGCUGCUGGCAGAUGGACUGGAACCCCAACACUGUCACCCGACUGCCAGAUGAUGGCGACAGGAUCGAACAGUUCGGUGACGGUUCUAAAGAGUAUCACGACUUCCGACUACUGCUGGCCGAACACGACACCAUGCUCAUUGGCGCCAGAAACCAUGUCCUCAACGUCAGCAUGUCGACACUUGAGCUCAAAGCGAGCAUCGAGUGGACACCGGAAGAGUCUCAUAUUGAUGUGUGCACUAAAAGGCAAAAAUCGCUGACUGAAUGCCAAAACUACAUCCGGGUUCUUGUGAAGAAAGCACCGGAUAACUUACACAUGUGUGGUACCAAUGCCUUCAGACCUACCUGCCGGUCAUAUACACAGUCUGAGGAUGGUUCAUACCAAAAAACUCACCACAAAGAUCAGUCUGGGGUGGCAUUGUGCCCAUUUGAUCCAUCCCAUAAUACCACUGCGAUCUACGCCGAUGGUAAGCUGUAUUCAGCGACAGUGGCGGACUUCAACUCUCGAGACCCACUGAUCCUCGAGAGCACGGGAAUGAUUCGCACGGAACAGUUCGACUCCAAGUGGCUGAAUGAACCCAACUUCGUUGGCUCCUUCGAAAAGGAUGACAAGGUUUACUUCUUGUUCCGCGAAACGGCUGUGGAGAACAUCAACUGCGGGAAGGCCGUGUUCUCUCGCAUCGGGCGGGUGUGUAAACAAGAUAUGGGUGGCAACAUCCUGCUGUACAACACCUUCACCUCCUUCUUCAAAGCCCGCCUCAACUGCUCCAUACCCGGCGACUUUCCCUUCUACUUCGACGAGAUCCAAUCGUCCACAGAAAUGGGUCAAGGUAACUACCGCCCGACCUACGACAGCGGCGACCGCGGCGACAUGGUGUACGCAGUGUUCAACACGCCGCAGAACAGUAUCCACGGAUCAGCAGUCUGCGCAUUUCGAUACUCUGAUAUCAUAAAAACUUUCGAAGGAAGGUUCAAAGGUCAGAAGUCCUUUUGGCACAACUGGCUGACCGUAUCGUGGGACGACACUCCUGAGCCACAUCCCCAGCUGUGCUCCAACCAGAGUCGCUCUCUACCGGACGCCACCCUGAACUUCAUCAAAACCCACCCGCUUAUGAACAACGCCGUACCCGCCAGUGGGGGGGCACCGCUGCUUCUUCACACGAGUUUCAAAGCUCAGUUCACCAAGAUCGCCGUCGACUGGCAGGUGCACGCCGCGGACGACCGUUACUAUGACGUCAUGUUCGUGGGCACAGAUGACGGACGGGUAAUCAAAGCCAUCAACAAAGGUCCAACAUCUCUCAUCGAAACUGUGGUGAUAGAAGACAUCCGGGUAUUUGAGAACCACAGCCCUAUCACUGACUUGAAGGUCUUCCGGGACAAGUCAAAGGGCAUCGAGAAGCUGAUCGUCAUCUCUGGCGAGAACAUCGUGUCGGUCUCCCUCCAUCGAUGUUACAAACAACUGACAUGCCGGUCCUGUGUCGAGCUGCAGGAUCCAUAUUGUGUUUGGGGAGACGGAAGGUGCAUCAAUGCUGAGAGGGGAAUUCAAAAUAUCAUAGAAGGCUGGAGGAGUGGCUGGAAUACACAGUGCGAAGAUGUCACCAUUUAUGACGAACACAAAGAAGCGAAUGCGACCAGUGACAAAGAAGUUGAAGAGGUGAAAUGUUCUUGUCCGCCGGCGCCCAGCGCUACCGUGGAUCCCUUCUCCGUGGAGGAGGAUGAAGAUGAUGGCAUUGUGGAUGUUGAUGUGGUGAUCGCCCCUUCCGAGCGCGAUAACUCUGUCAAUGAAAAGGGGAAUAAUGAGAGCGGGGGUCCCAAGGUGGGUCGCAGUUCCGAGGAGACCAUGGAGCCCGUCGCCGUCGGCGCCUCGGUGGAGACGCUGGUGAUCGCCAUCGUGGUGUCCAUCGUGUUGUCCAUGUUGCUGGGCUUCCUCAUCGGCUACAAGGUGGCGGGGUGUCGCACGGCGCGCGGCAUGGACCAGUCCUACAUGGAGCGCACGUGCUCCCUGCAGCGGGGCCGCAACCGCCUGUCGUCCGGCGAGCACCCGCUGUACAACCCCGACCACACCGGCAUGCCCAAGCAGAUGAACUAUGUGGUGAAUGUCAAGGGCAAGCUCAACACCGGCACCGUGGAGACCAAGCCCAUCACCAAGUCCAACAAGGUCUACUUAUAGCCUGCUCCUCCAUCCCCACCGGGAGGCCUCGUGCAGGGAGCACCACCUUGCCUCGGACCUUUUUUUCGAAUUUUUCUACGCCAGGCAAGUCUUGGAGUUGGACCAGGCUUUUCUAGACUUCCUGCAUUUGCUGUUGUCACCCUCGUCAAGAUGGCGCGAGGGACCAGGCGCUGUCCAGCUACAUUCAUCGUGUAGUUGUUCGUCUUCUCGGCCGCACGGCUCGCUGCCCGGGUAUUCGUUCUCGGUUGUGAAUAGGUUUUCUUCAGUUUCUCAUUGAAUACCCGUGAGCAGUUCUACGGACUUGGGCUGAGUCGGCCAGAUGGCGCAGAGACCAGAAGCCAAACAUCACGUGGUUUGGGCAGCUUUGACCUCCGGGAACUUUUUUCUUGAUGUUGGACGCAAAACAAGGCUGGAUCCUUACGCGAAAAUAAACAUAAACACGAUGCUUCCUAUGGACUUGGGGGAAAAGACUAUGUGUGUUUCUUGACCAGUGAACUUUGCCCCACAGAAGUGAACAGAAUUUUAUUUGUGGCAACAACAAGUUGUGUAGACGCACACGGAGGGCGGGGUUGGGCACCAAAGGGGGACCACCGAGAGUUUGCAGACGAGCGUUUUUGCUCAUGCCUGUUGCAGGGCAAGACAGAUGACCAGACAGCCAUACCAACGAUUUGUUUCUGUUUGUUGUUUUUUCUCCUGCAUACAACCAGACUACUGGCUGUCCUACAAGAUGUAGCACUAUGUAUUUACGGAGGCCAAAGAAAUUCAAUUUCGGCGUCUGGAAAAAAUCAAAGGAAAUGAAGCAGCAGAGAGAUGCUGUGAGAAAGUUUCAUUUUGUUAGCACAGAGAUAAAACAUCGCAUGCUUUGCUUCUGCAGGGUGCUUUAGUAUCAAAUAUAUUUUUGUUUGUUAGUCGUCGACAAUUUCUAUUCUCGACAUUGGUGUUUACUGACCAGUGAGUGUUAGAUGAGUGCCGUCUACUCCAGUACUCAAACUGAAACUUUUUUUAAAGAAGUGUUUUUGCGUCCUACUGCUGUAACAGACUGGAGGGAAAAUAAAAAAAGAACACCCACCGCUGUCUGAUAAACCUAGACUAGGAUCGCCAAUCGCUAAAAAGAUGUUUUUGUAAUUUAGAAUUCGUUCAGUGACUUCCUUGUUUGAAAAUAAUUUUGGGUUAGCCGAGUGCUGGAACUGGUAGGUUCUCCAAGAACUUUGCACCGACUGGCAGGAGAGGGAGUAACUGUGGGGCUGGUGAUCCAUUAGGGUUGUGUACCCUGCCAAACGGUUUGGUGCAUGUCUCCCAGCGAGAAGAAUAGAAACAGUGUUGCUACCUAUUGACGAUUCUCUGCAAGCUUGGGAUUCGCUCUUCAUUUUUUGUAUUAAAAAAAAAUCUCAGAACAAACUCCAAAGGAACGAGACUGGCUGCUUGUGCUUCCAUGUUCUGUUCGUGCUGUUCCUUGAACUCUCCCUCACCCUCCUUUCUUCCCCUCAGCUUAAGACUGUGACCCCGCCCUCGGCUCGCUGACCUCUCCCGUCUGUUGGGAGUCUGGCCGCGGGACACAGUCUCGGCGUUUCUCAAACAUCUCGUGUGAACGACGUCCUCAACCGAUGACAGACGACAUCGGCGCCAUCAGAUGGGAGGCCUGCUCACGUUUCGUCUCGCUCCGAGAAACUGCGAUCUGCAGCGCCACCAAGGUGAUACGUCACCUCCAAGAUGGCGCACGCGGCGUACGUCAUCCCGUGUGAAGAUGUUCGUGGUCCUAAGCUUCGCAUAAAUUGAACUUUCAGAAGUUUCGCCGGAUUUCGCUGGGUGUUCUUGACUGCUUCCUAUGCAACGACAUCUAAAUAAACUCACACACAGUGCAUCCUCGUGCUGCUCACUCUGGACCAAGUGCAAAGUUCAGCCCUCGACCAACGGUGGAUCAUGUGAAGGAACAGUUCACACAGUAGAAACAAGUUUUAUACAGUUGAUGACUCUGGACAUGCUUGAGAAGACAGGCAAAAUGUGUUUUGUCCUCGCAUUUAACAUUUAAAAAAUAUGGGUGAGUCGGUCACAGGAAGUGACGUUGUUCGCAUGACCAAGUGCGCAUGUCUCUGAUGGCAUGCGGUAACGUACAGGUGCAGUCAACAGGCAGAGGGUGACGUCAGUCAGCACCUGCCCAUCAGUCAGACCCCUGGAGGUCUCAGGCUGACAAGCAGACCGCUGAUUGACUGUAAAUCGAGGCAGGGCGAGCAAACACGAGCUGGAGAAGGUUUUUAUUUUUCUGUGCAGCUGUGAACUUUGCGGACCAACUUCAGGCAGACGACCAAGAUAAGUGACGUCACGUAAGUGUGAGACCCGGACUCGGUGUGGUGCUAGCAAACACCCCACCCGACCCCACGUCCCGUCAUGCAUUUCCCCGUGCUGCCUGCGUGUUUCUCGUCAUGCAAAGUAUUCAAUCGGCGCUGAGGUCAUCCCGACCUGCAAGAACUCUGACCCCUGACGACAGUCGACUCACCAGAGCUCGGUCCCCAGGACGUUGUCACGUGACGUUGUCCAGCUCUUGAAGUGGUUUGGUGGCUCGUGUGGAGGUCUACCUGAGGGGUGAACCGUACUCUUUGUCCUUCCACAUUCCAGCGGCAACAUUACUUGGGUCGGGUGGGUGGGUGGGAUCCGAGUGAUGUCGCCGCCAUGCUGUGUACAACAGCGAACACAUCGUUGUCAUCUGUUGCUCAUUUCUUGACGAAAGCUCGUGCAGUGUGUACAGUGACCAAUCACGUGUAUAGCAAUGGUGCCAGUACAUUCACAGAGAUAAAUGUAACUCAGAAUUGUAUGCUGUAGUGUGCUGUAGCAUCUUCCCAUAACCUUUACCGCCAUUUUCAACGGCUUUUGUGUAUCUGCGCGUGCGUGCGUCUGUGAGUAUGCGUGACCUCGGCCUUGGCUCCAGCAUCAAAGCUUUCGCAUCGCUUGACUCGUCGCUUUAUCGUCUGCUGAUGAUGGGCGGGCCGACAGUUGACAUGUCUUGUGUUUGGAGGAUGGGCGUGGCUUGUAGCUCAGGUGUGAUAAUCUUUUAUCUCAAACUGUUAUUUGUAUAAACUCAUAUAGCGGAACUGAGUGUGCUAACUACUCCGGGGGCAAGCAGGGGUUAGAGGAGGAGGACGAGAUGUUUCGUACGAUUGUGCGACUGUUGAAGUCUCGAGUGUUCUCGCGAGAGUGCCUGUGGGAUGUUGUCGUGCUUUGCAUGUGUAGGUGGGUGAAUGGCUGGCUGAAUGGCUGGCUGCACGUGAACACAGUCGUCAGGAUAGAGAGAAGAGGGAAGGUAGACACGCCUCGUGGCUUACUCACCAUGUCCGGGAUGUAGGUAGGUAGAAGUUUCCAGAAGGCAUUGUCGGUAGACUUCAGCCUCCUUUCCUUUCGCUGGCCGCCAUUUUCCUCCAGAUCAUCAUCACCGGAGCCUCCAUCUGCUUUCUCAAUCUGCUGCUGUCGGUGCUCGUGUUUCUCUUUCCAUAACAAACUGUUUUUGAUGUUCGCGGCCACGCGACGGAUCCUCCCAUCGUCCCCCCCUCAACACUGAUGUACAGUAUUCUCGAGGUGCGCUCCACAAACAAAAGUUUGUCUUAACAAAGUUUUCUUGGCAAACAUUUCGUAUAUUUGUUAAGAAAAAAUACCUACAGAGGCGUGUGCCGCCCUUUCGGAAUUUUAUUCAAGUGUAAACAAAGAGAGGGGAGCUUAUCAAAUACAAUGCAUUAUUGUUAUUAUUUUCAUAGUCAUUUGUUUGCUUUACCGAUUGUCAGACAUUAUUUGUUUACAUGAUCCCGCAGGCGGCCUCGCUCUGGCAGGUGAAGAGGAAUUUUCCCUUUUUAACCCUUAAAAGUCUGUUAACUGUUAUGAGGGUGUGGUGUGGUCCAGACCCGUACAGAUCAUUAAUAAAGUAGGUCUGUGUCAUUGUGACAAGUGUCAGCUGCAGGUAGAGUCGUGGUGCCGGAAGUUGUUGUUGUUGCUGUAUUAUUCCUACACCAGUCCCCUUCACUCCUUUCCUCGGUCCGUUGUAGUUUAGCCUCCAGACAGACAUGCGCAGUGCGAGUGGGAGAUAAGAGUUGCAGGCGUGCCACAGAGUUCUCUUAGUGCAUCUGGACAUCGUGAGUUAUCUGCCGUCUGUGACAAGGGGGAUAAUCACGACGCCGUUGUCAUUGGCUGAGCACGAGUGUAGGCCAGGGUGUGUGUGUGUACAUACAUUUCUCUGUGACUGCCUUACAGGCUACCAAACCAAAGGAACUUUUCUUUUCUGCUUUAUGAAUUGUGUUCACUUCAGUAAAAAGUUUAUAAAAAUUUGGAACGGAAGGACGAACAAUUGUCUUCAAAUAAGUAAGCUCCCUUUGUUUCAAGUGGCUUUUGUUGUAGUUGUCUUUUCUUAGAAGCUCAGCUGGAUUCGAAACUCUCUGCUUCUAGGUGACCUUAAGCAACCAAGCCAUCCAUGGUCAUGACCAGUGUCGGCUCUGGCAACACCUGCCCCUGUCCUCCUCACUUUCUUCAUCAACCACCUCCACCUCACCUCAACUCCUCCCUCCCCACCUAUUGUCACCCUCGUCACCCUCUCUCUCUGCUUCAUUAACAGCCAUAGUUUGCAAGUUGCAAGUGGAGGAUGGUGGUGGUGGAGGAAGACAGAAGGCGACUAAACAUCGUCUGCCUGCUGACAGGAGGACUACAGGCUGCAGCUGGCGUGGCGAGCAUCCAGACGGCGGUGCAUUCCGGAGAUUAUGGGAUGUUGUAAGCCUGGAGGCGGUGGUUUAUAGGUGGUGUUGGUCGUGAAAUUAUACAGUGGCAGGACCUGGCGCAGUCACAAGUGACAUCAAAGGCCGGCUGCAUGUUUACUCGAGUGUUUUACGCCCGCUCGGCUUAGCACGAGAACUACUUGAAAGACGCGGACCCCUCGACAAUGUCCUCCCUCUCCCCCCCGAGACCGUCAUGCAUCAUUUCUGUAAACGACCUCCUGACUUUGUAGUCAUGGUCUUCAUGCAUGGAACAUUUCUUUUAUUUUCAUCCAGUGUAGCCAUCACAAUCCAAUGAAAAGUUAUUUACCUGGGUAGCUUUUUCUUUUUUUCGCUCCGUGAUUUAGCGCUGGAGGAACUGGCUCUGACGGUUAUGUUCCCAGCGCGAGACUGGCUUUGAGAAACUCACCAGAUGCACGCUCCAUUGACCUGAGCACCUGGCAACAACACAGCACAGUGUUGACUAGAGAAGGUGGGGCUGUCAUCAUCACCUGAGCCUCACCUGGAGCUGGCUACCUGUAAAUAGAUGUGAUGCCCAGUAGUCUCACUCUCUACACCGGACUAGUAUUGCAAAGUGCAGAGGCAGGUACUUUGACACAGAACUCAAUUUAGGGGAUUGGAAGAAAUCUUUUGAUAGUUUUCAUGUUACAAAUUUUACUUUCUCAUUUCUUUGAAUGUCUUGUUCACUCUCACACCUGACCCUCUGUUGUCAUGCAGUGUGUGCUUAUCUCCCCAUUCAUACCCGUCUUCCUCUCCCAGCAACAGCGGCCUCCGUGUGCAUCCCUGAGACCUACCCAGACAUCGUGAGUACCAGAAAAGCAAACUCCACCUAGCUUUCAUUUGGCGAGGUAUCUAUCUGAACUGCUUUCUUGAUGGUUGUUGUGCAUCGUCGGUGUGGUUACUGUGGCCAUCACCAUGUCGCCACCACCUGUCUGUAGUCACCACAUGGCCACGUGCUCCUUGGGGCCUCGUGAUGAGUGCUCAGCGCAAACAGGAAAUUAUUUUGUGUGAAAAAUAUUUUCAACGAUUCGAAACUGUCGAUGGACAGAGUUAACCCCUCCCACCCUCACCCUUCCCGUGGACAUCAAGAUAAUCACAACGAUGAAACAACGGCGUCUGCGGACUGUCAGGGUUGAACCAUUGUCCACACACUUUUCUGCAGUUCGCCAUAGUUACCGACCCCUGACCCCUUGUGAUGGACAGUGUAUCUGUUGUGUCCUCCACCCCUAUCUCCCUCUCUCCCACAAUUCCUUACACCCGCCAGGAAAACUGUUUUCUAUUUUGUACCUUUGAACGUUAACCUCGCAAAUAUCUACAACAACAUCAAAACUCUUUAUCAACUUCCAGUAUGCCAAGAACGACAACCGUUUGUUAUACGAUGAAUAUUACGCUUUUCUUAUGUUGCUGUUAUCAGAGUAUCUUCAUAUUCAUGUUCUCCUCCCCAGGAGAGGUUGGGGGAGGGCUGCGCGCCCCUACAGGGGGCAGUGUUUGAGUUGUGACCGCGGAAUCAUAUUUUUAUACUGCUGAUAACAAGAGUGUGACUGUGUGUUGUGCGCAUGCGUACUGUAGUCUUGUGUCCUGUACAGUUACAGAUCCACAGGCGCUCGUCUGUCACGUGAUCUUCAACGCUUGGCUUCCGUUGUUGCGCGCUGAUCUUCUUGUCGUGGGUGUUGCAGUCGUUUUUUGUUUGUUUGUUUGUUUGUUUGUUUUUCUUUCGGACGUCAUGCGGACUACCGUUGCAAGUAGGAUCAAAGUUGUUUUUUUUUUUUUUUUUUUUGUUUUUUUUUUUUGAAAUUUGUCGUUUCAUCUCGACCCAACGGAAUUAGUGCCAACAUUAAUAGUUUUAUUAAAAAUCGUGUUGGACAUCGGGUAGCCGGGUGGACGACUAGGACGAGUGGAUGCCUGCCUGACAGUCGCUGGCGAGCAAACACAAUUUAUGUUAGUUCCAAACGUUUGACAACUUUUGUAGCUCGUUGAGUUGAAGUAUUGACAGACAUGGAUUGACAAUAACAAUAAUAGUCGUUAGUAAUGACAGCGCUGCGUUGCCAGGGGAAACGAUAGUGGUACAGCAGCAGCACUAGAGAUAGUAACAGGUAGGACAGGACUAGUAGCAGUCCCUUAUCAUCUCACCUAGCACCAACUCCUCAGUCUAUUUAUGUUUUAAAGCUCUGUUGACUCUCAUGAUUUUAUUAUUUGUGAAGUGGAUUCAUGUAAUCAACGUUUGAUAUAUAAUAAUAUAUAACAGUCUUGUCGGCUUGUCCUGGUCCUGGUAGGCUGCUGACAGUUUCUUCCAGUAGAGUCGACUUCAAACCUCGUGCAAGUUCAUUGUAAAACUAUUUCCCUUCUCGAAGUUCAGUCGACUGUUGGUCACAUUCCCGUCGUCUGAACACGAACUUUGUUUAUUUUCUAAGCAAUGCAGCAUUAGAGAGCCGAGAAACAAUCUUUUUCAUGAUUUAGUCCAUGUUUCGCAAGUCCUUUCUAAUAAAAGGAUAUUUUUUAAGGUAGUGACGAUGUGACAAGAAGAUGACAGGCAGAUCCUGUUGCUGGUGUCGCCAGUGGACAUGUCGGUGUGCGCGGUAGUCGAGGCUAGACAUAGUCGUUGCUGUGGGUGUGAGUGUGGACAUCGCUGGCCUGUCUUCGUGCUGCUAGACACAAGAUGGAGCAGGACAGUGUAGCAAUAAAUGUUCUGUGCGAAGCUUCUGGCUGAAAGUGGUUUUGUUUUCAUUUUACUGAAACAUGCGUAUAUUGUUAUUUUGUGAUCAUAGUAAAGUUGUAUGGUAUUGUAUGUAGCAUAUCAAAUAUGAAAAUUGAAAUAAAGAAUUGUUAUCUGAAGGAU